AUGAGCCGAGGUUCCCACGACGGCGAAACAAUUGAGCUCUCCUUCAGCUACGACGGCCUUGAUAUCACUGUUCGUGGCUCUCCCCGCAAAGCUUCGAGAUUCCUGGCCUCUGUCACUUCAGGAUCCCUUGCUGGCCGUCCGGCCUCGCCGAGUCCUACCCUUGGUUCUUUUGAGCGGGUUGGUAGUGUCGUUGGUGACCCUGUUGUUUCUGUGCCCCCUCGCUUUGAGUCUCGUGACGCCAUUGCUGCCGGUUUUGUGCCUUGUCCUGGUCGCCUGCUUGACUCUGCGUCGAAGUUGUCGGGUCCAGUUAGCAGUGCGGAAGGAAGGAUCCGUCGUGCCUGGGAAGCUGGACAGUGGGCUCGUGCUGUUCUUGCAGAGAGGAUUGGUUCUCCUAACCGUACUCCUCCUCUGGAGAUUCGGUCCAGGUUCUACGCUGUGGCAAAGGCAGACGGCCUUCUUCAUCCCACCAUCUUCAAGAGCUCAGGCUCUUACUUCAGGGCAGUCGGAAACUUGGUGGAAAGCUCCAGUGUGUCACAGGCAUUCCCCUCAGAGCUGGAGGCUCGGAUCUACUUGGAAGCAGCCGGCAUGUUGUCUCUGGAUUCUCUUGUCUCUGUGGACGUGGACUUGGAACCCUACGUGUUGACAUGGCCCACACAUGCUCCGGAUGGCGAGGACGGCUCACUGGAGGUUUAUGGACUUGUGGUCUUAAAACGCCAGGGUGGGCUUUUGCUGGCCGUUCCUGCUCAGGUUUUGCCUCAAAGGGAUUUGGACUUGGGAAGGGUUGGUACAGGAAUCUUAGGUCCUUCCACCGAAGCAGAGGUUCCAGCGGUUAUCAUGGAUGGAGGAAAGGUUCAUGCUACUGGAGGUGCAGUGAAAGUUGUUGUGGUGGACUGCAGUUCCGAGGUGUUGCCCUUGUUGCGUCUUCCCCGUGCGUUCGAAGAGAUUGCCUAUGGAUUCGAUCUGGACUCUCCCUUUUCUCUUCCAGACCCGGGUGUUCUUCAACAGGUUGCCGCAGAGUGGAUAGAAGAUUCAGGUCCUCAAGGUCUUCUUGGGUUUUACUCAGCAGAGGAGCCACCAGAGGGGUUAGAUCCGGAUCUAGCCGCAAUCCUAGAGCCAGAUGGUGCCCAAAGUCCUACUGUUCAGGGGUCAGCCACUCCCGGCUCUGCAGGUCCACGAACCCCGGCGAGGGCAAAGAGAUCAGCAAAGCCAAAAACUUUUGCCAAGCCAGACACUCCACAAGCGCCUGGCGUUGGAGGCGUGCCAGGAGGAAAGCCAGAGAAGCCAAAGAAGGUGACUACUGCAAACCUAGCUGUGUCCUUGGAUCGUUUGUUAGAGAUAGUUCCAUCUCUUUCCAGUCAAGUUCAAGAUCUUGCCUUGAAAACCAAGAACCUGGAGAGCCAGAUCCAAGCACCUGUUUCAGCUGCGUGCCCUGUACUCCGUCGACCUCUUUCUCACUCGGUGGCAGGUGUCCCUUCGGUGCCUUUGGGUUUGACUCCGGGCCUUCCAUCUCCUCCUCGGACAGCAGCUGCUCCGAACCCUGGUUUGUUGCGUUCCCCUGCGCUGACUCAGCCCCCGGAGUUGAGAGCCUUGGAAAUGGACAAGCCUUUGUCACCAGACCUUCCAAGCGAUGCCCAUUUGGCAAAGGCAGUGUAUGCUCAAUCCCAGGCUUUGACUUCGCUGGUGUCUCAGAUAGCAAGCAGUCAUGCAGACCCCCUUGUGGAUUUGAACGGAACUUCCUCUUCUGGUACCCGGGGCUCUCUAGGGCGUGCAAAGCUUCAGAUGGAAUUGGCAAGCCAGAGAGGCCAAUUCUUCGCCUCUGUGAUGUCAUCGAUGGCCAGAAGGAUGAAUCCAACAAUGGUCCCGGAUGCUUCUCCACAGCGCCUCAUGGAAUUGGGCGUUUGUGGGACAAAGUACCUAGAACGUUUCGGGGGCUACUCUCGCCACAGGGAGCUAGGUCAGUUGCAAUAUCAGGUGAUGCAGAUUCUGGACUUUCUUCAGAUGGAAAACCUAGCCGCUGCCAGGGAUCACACAGCUCUUUUGGCAGUAACCAUAGAGCAAAUGGUGAUGGACAACGGAAAGAUGGACCUGGCCAGCGUUCUGUGCCUUCAGGACGAUUUGCCAGCCGGAAUUUUCCAGAACCGAAACGCAGGUGUCUUGGCCAGAAACAAAAGCUUUUCUCCUCUGGCGGACCAGCGGUGGAUCACUGUAGCCAUCGCGUACCUGAAAGAGAUGGACACGAUAGCAGCAAAACGGAACGAAAUCGCCGGAGCAGCUCCUGCGAAAGCAAGCCCUGUUUCAAGCCAACCUGGCCCAAAACCAAAACCAGGUCCCAAGAAAAAGGGGAGGGGAAAAGGUGCAGCAGCUCCCCUAGCCGAAGAGCAAGAGGAGGUUUAG